AUGGAUAUACAGCAACCUUUCUUACUCUUUCUGUGCGUCCUCCACUUGACCUUGAUGGGAGUGCUGAGCAAACACGUUGACCACAGGAACCUGUUUACACAAAGAGUGUGCUGCAAGAGGCAGAGCCACUUUGUGUACAUUGGACAAGAUAUUUUAGGAAGUCACAUCAGUGUAGAUGUAGGAAUGUGCAGAUCACAUUGUGGGGCCCCAACAACACCACCGUAUGAAGCAGGGAAGCAGCAAUACUCAAAAUAUUCUUCAAUGCUGGACUUCCUCAAGAGCAAAAAAACGAGGACACGUGGACCCGCUGCUUCACAGAGCGCAGGUCCGCUGAACCACCUGCCUUCAUGCGGCGUGACUCAGGUGUGUGAGCCGACUGGGAUGCGCGUGGAUCGGCUUCUUCUGUUCGAGGGACAUCGAGAGGUGGCGGUCAUCGAGGACUGUCACUGUGAGAUCAAGCUGGCCCAGUGCAUCCGAGUUCCCGGACUGAGGACAUACUUCUCUGAAACACCGUAUGAGACAGUCAUUGACGUGGGAGGAUGUUCCCAGUCGAAAGGAUCCCCAGAUGGAUUCUCCUGUGUCCCCACAAAGUUUGAAUCAGCCUUGGUGGAAACCCCUAACGAAGUGGAUCUCAUACAGAUUGUGGCUGCCUGUGAGCUGAAGGAAAGCUGUUACAGGGUUCGAUACGUGGAGUAUUAUUAUGAAACAGUCCACCAUGCAGAGGGAGUCAAAGAAGAGAAGCUCAAAGAAAUAGAUGUGGGCAGAUGUUUGGGAAGCUGCACUACAGGAAACCGAUGCCUUCUCAGGAGUCCAUCCGAUCCAGAAAUCUGCCACUUGUGGUCCGAGAGACAGUCCAGUUCCUGUGUUCCUCAGGGAUAUGAGAGCCACAGCUUUGUGAACCAGUAUGGGCAGAUUCGUACAAUCCUGUCCAUCACUUCCUGCCAUUGUCGAAACUAAUCACAGGCCCGUCUGCUGGAAAAAACAAACAAACUUGAAAGACUUUAAGAGGUUGCCACAGUUGGGCCCCAUAUUUACUGUAGCCCAUU